GCGGGUCAUAGAACUAGUUUUGUUUACAUUAAUUUAUUUUCGCAAAAAUUUGUGACAUCCUUAAUUAAUUAAUUUACCCUAUAAUUAAGACACAAUUCAACACGAAAAUGCAUUAGACAUUAAGGCAAUCAACUGACCGUGCUAUUUUAAUAUUUAAGUCUGUCGUUUCAUGUUGAAAUUCUUUGAGAAAUCUUCAAUUAAAUUAAAGUAAUUAAGCUAGUGACAUGGAAAGUAAUAAGCAGUGUGAUUGUAAAGGCAAGAGGACUUGUUUACUGUGUGAGGACUCACUUAACAAGAAAUCCACGGACUGGUAUGCUUUAUUUAAGGAUUUAGAUUCGUACGUCUAUUGCUGGAUGUGCAAGAAGAUCUUCAAAGGAUGGGAUGUAGUAAGUAGCUGUGAUGAGCACAAAACACUAGAAGAAGGGAAGAAAUUUACAGGCCUUUAUAUUCAUCCAAACUUCCUCACACCAGACGAAUCAAAUAAAGUCGUUGAAACUGUCGAUUCUGCUGAAUGGGAUCUAUCGCAAAGUGGACGAAGGAAAAAGAACUUUGGUCCUAAAAUAAAUUUCAAGAAGAAGAAGCUUCGUCAUGAGUUCUUUACUGGAUUUUUCGAGAGUACUGAAUUUGUAAGGAACAAGUUAGUGACUGUGGACUUCCUGAAUGACUUUAAGGUCGUCGAGGAGUGUUUCUUAGAGUACGAAAGGGCUAGAGGAUCACACAUUGAGCCGCACAUAGAUGAUUGUUGGAUAUGGGGAGAACGAAUCGUAACUGUUAACACAAUAGGUGAGGCAGUUUUAUGUCUCACAAAGCAUUUUCCAACGUACCCAAAGCAAUACAAUAUUGAUUGUAUGGAAGAUUAUAAGGAAGGACUGAUAGGCGAACUUGAGGACGAAAUUUCUGAUGACGUUCUUAUAAGAAUCAAAAUGCCAGCUAAUUCACUUUUAGUCAUGUAUGGAGCUGUUCGCUAUCAAUAUGAGCAUUCAGUUUUAAGGGAAGAUGUGGAAGGAAGGCGUGUCUGCAUUGCUUACCGAGAAUUUACUAAACCUUAUGAUCAUUUGGUCAAACACUUUAAUAAUUCAUUGUAAAUAAUUAUUUUAUUUCUGCUAAAUCUAAUUGUUAAGGCUUACAUUCUUUUUGAGUCAAAUAAUACAGGCAAUAAGUUAAUUUUGUGUCUUUUAAUAAUGUUAACUUGAUGGUUUUAUAACGUUUGUUUUUGAUUUGAAUUUA